AUGGCAGACAUCAAACCCUUCACAAUUUCAAUCCCCAACAAAGCACUAGACGACUUAAAGCUUCGUCUGUCACUCGCUCGCUUCCCAGAUGAGCUCAAUGAUGCCGGUUGGGAGUAUGGCGCACCACUAGCCGACAUCAAACGUCUCACCAAGUACUGGAAAGACGAGUAUGACUGGCGAACAGCUGAGAAGGAACUGAACACGACAUUCGUGCAAUUCACGACACCGAUAACCGUCGAGGGCUUUGAUCCUCUCAACGUGCAUUUCAUCCACCAGCGAUCCAAGGUGGAGAAUGCCAUCCCACUGCUCUUCGUGCAUGGAUGGCCUGGGAGUUUCAUCGAGUCAGUCAAGAUCGUAAAGGAGCUGUCUUCACCAAGUGACCCGAAAGCACCGGCAUUUCAUGUUAUUGCGCCAAGUCUGCCGAACUUCGGAUUCUCUGAUGCUCCGAAGAAAAGAGGGUUUGCCGUCGCACAGUAUGCAGAACUCGUGCAGAAGUUGAUGAUGAAAUUGGGUUAUACGGAGUAUGUGACCCAGGCUGGAGAUUGGGGAUUCCACAUUACUCGAACCUUGAGUUUGCAUUAUCCACAACAUUGCAAGGCCAUUCAUGUGAAUAUGGAUGAAGGGCUUCCGCCGUCAUUUCUGAAGAAUCCUCUUCUUGCCCUCGAGUAUGCAACCAGUCGCGACACGGAGCGGGAGAUCAAAGGCCGCGAGCGGACCGAAUGGAUGUUGAAAGAAAGCUCUGGAUAUCGCGCUCAGCAGAGUACUAAGCCGCAAACGCUGGGCUACGCGCUUGCAGACUCACCAAUGGGUCUCCUUGCUUGGAUUUAUGAGAAGAUAUGCGAAUGGACUGACAAAUAUCCAUGGACCGACGAUGAAAUUUGUACUUGGAUGAGCAUAUACUGGUUCUCGACGGCAGGCCCAGCGGCGAGUUUGCGGAUAUACUACGAGGAGUAUCACCGGUGGGAUGACCCCAAGAAACGUGUCACGAGAGAGAACACGAGGCAGUAUAUUCCUGGAAAGCUGGGCUUGACGCAUCAACCCAAUGAAGUCAGAGUUUAUCCGAGUACGUGGACACGGACCCAAGGAGAUGUGGUGUUCGAGAGAUUCUAUGAUUCCGGCGGUCACUUUUUUGCGUAUGAGAAGCCGACACAUUUGAUCGCUGAUGUCAGGGAGAUGUAUGGUCGUGGAGGCGGUGCCGCCGGUGUUGUGAAGGGGAAGCAUGGUUAUUAG